UUCACUUCUUGUGUGAACGAGGAAAUGUCGCGUUAGUUAGUGAGGUUUGAUGCUUUGGUUGUGUCAGUGAUUCUACGAGUUGCAAACAAAACAGCAGUGCAUAAUAUAUUUGCAUACUUGUUGUCCAUUGAAAUGUGAAAACUUUGCAAUUUUGUGGAGUUUGGAGGAGGAGGAAAAUGUCAAAGUAUUGGAGAGGGGAUGACUUUCACCGGAAGUGGUCCAGCUUAAGCUGGCUUGUACUCACUUUGUAUCUUUUAGACAUACAACAUGUCACUGUGCGAGGUCAAUAUUCAUACCAAAAACCUGUCGUGCCUUAUGAAAACAGUGGACUUCCGGAUGUCAUUCGCGUUGGUGGGCUUUUCGAUGAAGGUGACACCGUGGAUGAAACUGCGUUUAAACACGCGGUGGAUAGGGUCACAUUUGACGCGACAAUUUUACCCCGUCGUAGAUUAAGUCCUCAAAUUGAGAGAAUUACGCCCGGAGAUUCCUUUCAUGCGGCGGAGAAAGCAUGCGACAUGAUGAGUGGUGGUAUUGCGGCAAUAUUUGGUCCCCAAAGUGCAGAAGGAGCGAGUCACAUUCAAUCAAUUUGCGACGCCUUUGAGCUUCCGCAUAUUGAGACGAAAUGGGACUACAAAAUUCGAAAGGAGAAUUAUCUGAUUAAUUUGGCACCACAUCCGGCUACAAUUAGCAGGGCGAUCAAUGAUCUUGUAGAGUCGUACGGCUGGGUUGAAUAUGUCAUCUUGUACGAAAAUAAUGAAAGCUUAUUCAGACUUCAAGAUCUCAUUAAAGCAACACAACCUCCGGCACGAAAAGCCUCAUUGAGACAACUUUCUCCCGAUGAUGAUUUUAGGGGGCUGUUGAAGGACAUUUUACGAGCUACACAGUACCGCAAAAUAGUCAUUGAUUGCAGUACUGUAAAAUUAGCUGAAUUUUUUAAACAGGCUCAGCAAGUUGGACUGAUGAAUUAUCAGUUUAGCUACAUUGUUACGACUUUGGAUCUGCACACGCUAAAUCUAGAAGAUUACCAACAUGGCGACAUUAACAUAACUGCAUUCAGAAUGUUGGAUCCCGAUAAGCCUGAAGUUCAGUCUGUUGUGAGGCAGUGGAAUAAUUUGUUAAAUACUCAGGGAUCUCGAGGUCAAGCGUACAACCAGCAAUCUCCGUAUUACUACGGAUCAAAAGACCAGGCUCGCCAACUAAGAAAACCAAUGGCCAAUCCCGUUAUUGAGGACAACUUUCAAAUGAUGAAGACCGAAACAGCUCUUGUCUAUGACGCUGUUCAUCUCUUCAGCAAAGCAUUACAUGUUCUUGACAGCAGUCAACGAAUUGAUAUUCGCCCCUUAACCUGCGAAUCUACGGACACUUGGCAGCAUGGCUACUCAAUAAUCAAUUACAUGAAAAUGGUGCAACUUCAAGGGUUGACAGGACUUAUCCAAUUUGAUACAAGUGGUUACCGUUCAGACAUCCAAUUAGACGUGAUUCAAGUUGCCAACGAGGGACUUAUAAAAAUUGGAAUCUGGGAUUCAAAAUUUGUCUCCCGAGAAAAGUUUAGCUGGUCACGGCCUGAAGUUGAAGAAAUAGUUGUAGAAAACGAGUCCAUGGACUUGAGAAACAGGACUUUGGUCAUUUCAACACUCAAAAAUGACCCCUUCUGCAUGUUCAAGUUAUCAAAAGUCCCCCUUAGAGGGAACGAUCAGUAUGAAGGAUACUCGGUCGAUUUAGCGCAAAAGCUUUCAGAAAUUCUUGGAUUCAAGUACAAAAUUCACAUCGUUUCUGACGGAAAAUAUGGAAGUCAUGUUGGUAACGGCGUCUGGAACGGUAUGAUAAAAGAAAUUUUGGAUGGAACUGCUGACUUAGCCAUAGCAGACCUCACUAUCAACAAUGCGAGAGAGACUGCGGUUGACUUCUCGAUGCCGUAUAUGAAUCUCGGAAUUUCAAUUUUACACACGAAACCUAUGGCGAAACCACCCAGUUUAUUUUCAUUCUUGUCGCCUUUUUCGAUCGACGUCUGGAUUUACAUGUGUUUUGCAUUCUUUGGAGUUUCUAUCAUUAUGUUCAUAAUUGCUCGAAUAACACCCUACGAGUGGGUCCUUACUGACCAUUGUUGCAAUAACAAGAAAGUGAAUGACAUCAUGUACAUUAAUGACCUCUCCCUCUUCAACGCCUUGUGGGUCAUUAUGGGUGGAUUGUUUCGACAAAAACCUAACAUUUAUGCAAAAGCGACAAGCACCAGAAUGAUUGCAGGAAUUUGGUGGUUCUUCACUCUCAUCAUGGUUAGUUCCUACACAGCUAAUCUCGCCAGCUUUCUAAUUGUGCAAGAUUUAGAAGAUACAAUUAAAAGUCUUGACGAUCUCCCCAAGCAAAAUAAGGUAAAAUACGGAUGUGUGGGUGGAGGAUCUACCGCAGCGUUUUUCAAGAAUUCUGAGUUUACUACACAAAAACAAAUUGCGGAAAAUAUGGACAAAUUUAAUACAUUCGUGAAUAGCAAUUUUGAGGGUGUAGAGAGAGUCAAGAAUAGUAAAGGAAAGUACGCAUUCUUUGUCGAAAACACGGUUUUGGAAUACAUAACGGAAAGGAAUUGUGAGCUAACACAAGUUGGAGGAAUGCUCGACAGUAAGGGAUAUGGGGUAGCGUUGCCAAAAAAUUCGAAAUAUCGUCAAGCGUUCAACUCUGCAAUUUUACAACUUCAAGAAAAAGGAACACUUGAUGAUUUAAAACGGAAAUGGUGGAAGGAAGAACGAAAAGGGGCGCAGUGUGUGGUUGGAGGAUCAAGCGAGUCAAAUCCCUUAGCGUUGGACAAUGUGGGUGGCGUCUUCGUCGUCCUUGUCGGAGGUUGCAUUUUUGCCGUGGUGGUGUGCAUUUUCGAAUUUUUCAUCAAAACAAGGCAGACUGCAAAGUCGAGUGGGGGCAAUGUUAAAGAGGCUUUGUCAAGCGAGCUUAAGUUUGCACUCGCGUUUUCGGGUGACAGUAAACCGGUCUUGCGGAAGAAGGACUCAAUAUCUAGUCAGGCAGAAAAUGAAACCGCAAUGGGUAGCCAGUACUUGGAUCUUGGUUUGGACUCAUACGGGUUCCCCAAACCCGUAAAUCGUCAAAAUGGUGGCGUUCCUCCCGACGGAUUCACUUGAUUUUCAGUGGAAGAUGACAUUUUACAACCCCCCAUCCACAUCCUUACUAGGCGACCUAAAUUGAGACGGUCAAAUCGAGACCGUUUUCUUACCUUAGAAAAUGCAAACGAUUGUCAAAACCAUUGUCCAAGACAUAGUAAAACGGGUAAAUUUAUUCCUCCAGAUAAACCAAAACGUCACGUCCGCUUAAGUGAAGAUGUUCAAGUGGUUGAAUUUGUCGCAGAUGAAUUAUGAAACUAAAAAUGUUAAAUAUUUGUUUGUAUGUAAUGUCGACAUUUAAGAAAAUAUUAGUGAUAUUUGACAAAAUCUUGUAGAAUACUUAGAAAAUAUUUGUUCAUUAAUUAUUACCUUGCUGCCAGAUUACGAAAGCAUAUUAAAACAGCAUAUAAAUUAUACUAGAGUUGUGUAGGGCUACCUUUACGACACACAUACUUUUGUCACAAUCUUUUAUAGCAUAAUAAAAACUUGUGGAGUAAAAUUUUGACUACGCACAUGUUUAAACGUA